UGAUGGAGGUCUGUUGGGGUUUCCUUAAUUGGUUAUUCAAUGCUGGACUUUUUAACCCCCUGGGUGCUGUGGCCAUUUGUGACCACUGCCUACCUACCCACUAAACUGGGACAAAAUCGGACCAAUCACAGCAUUAAGGUCCAUGUUAUUCAGUGACGUAGGUGGCUGUGGCACUUCCUCGUUUGUUUUCUGAGCCGAACCCAGACGCCCAGCUUCAAGAUGCAUCUCUGCAGGGUUGGAAUUUACAUCAGGAAAAAAAAGAGAGGCUGCUGAACACUAUAGUCUUCCUCCGUGUGGCCAUCACGCACAUCUGACUUUUCACGUUGGCGCUUCUCCCCACCCUCCUUGCCAACAUGCUGUGUUGGGGCAAUGCAAAAGAUGGACAGUUGGGUGCUGGUGUGGACAGCAACCCUGUUUUUGAGCCAAGGAUGUGCCACAUGUUCAGUGACAGGGGACUGAAGGAGGUAGCCUGUGGAAGGAAACACUCAGUGUUCCUGCUCCAUGAUGGCAGUGUGUAUACAUGUGGCUCUAACAGCUGUGGACAGCUGGGCCAUGACAAACCAGGGACCUCCCCAGAAAUAGUCUCGUCUUUGGAUAUGCAGAAGAUAACUGUGGUCUCCAGUGGUCGAGCCCAUUGUAUGGCGAUAAAUGAGCAGGGUCAAGUGUUUGCCUGGGGAGCUGGUGAAGGAGGUCAGCUGGGCCUUGAGACUACAGAGACAUUUGUACGGAUCCCAAGACUAGUAAAAAGACUGUGUGACCAUCAAAUCUCCCAAGUAAUGUGUGGGAAUCAGCACUGCAUCGCACUGUCCAGAGAUGGCCAGUUGUUUACCUGGGGCCAGAACACCAGUGGUCAGCUCGGUCUGGGUAAAGGAGAGCCCAGCAAACUGUUCCCACAUCCCCUCAAGUCCCUGGCAGGCAUUCCUUUGGCACAGAUAACUGCUGGGGGAGACCACAGCUUUGCUCUGUCCUUGUCCGGAGCUGUGUUUGGCUGGGGCAAGAACAGAGCGGGCCAACUGGGUCUUAAUGAUAAACAAGAUCGUGCUGUUCCCUGCCACAUUAAGUUUUUAAGAUCUCAAAAAGUUGUUUACAUCAGCUGUGGAGAUGAACAUACAGCAGCGCUCACAAAGGAUGGAGGCUUGUUUACAUUUGGGGAUGGCUCGUGGGGUCAGCUUGGCCAUGGCUCAACUAAUAACGAACUCCUACCCAGACGAGUGCUGGAGCUCAUGGGCACUGAGGUGUCUCAGAUUGCUUGUGGAAGGCACCAUACCCUGGCGUUUGUGCCAUCCUCUGGUAUAGCUUAUGCGUUCGGGUGUAACAGCCAUGGGCAGCUGGGCACAGGGAUGCUGCAGGAUGCUAAAAAUCCUUUUCCUGUCAAGACAAGUUGGCUGACUAGAAAUUUCCGUAGAGCAGAGUCAAGUCAGUAUACUGUGAUUAAAGUUGUCUGUGGAGGAGAUCAUAGUUUCUUACUGUACACCAGUGAACAGUAUCCAGCCGCCCCAGAAGACUUCAGAGUGGUCAACAUCAGUAAAAGUCUUUAUCCAAUCACUUAUGAAAGGUUAAAUUCAUGGAGACUGAAACUGAUGUACAGUUCAGAUUCUACUAUCACAAAUGAGAUCAUAAUUCAGCUUUCCUCUACGGCUUGUUGGAAUGCCAGCUUUUUGGACAAAGGUGAUGAUGCCCACUUCAAAACCAACCCAAAGGUUCCAGGCAUUGAUCUCAACUCUGUCAGACUUCUGUUUGAGUCACUGAGCAAACCUGCAUUCUCUACACUUCUGGAGCAGGCCACCAAGAGUUUUGAGAGUUUGCUGAUCCCUCAGCUUCCGCGUUCUCCUCCCGACGUCGAGGCCAUGAGGAUCUACCUUAUCUUGUCCGAGUAUCCGGCUCUGCAGGAUUCCAAGAACUAUAUUCGCCUCACUAUCCCCUUGGCAAUGGCCAUUCUCCGUCUAGACGCCAACCCCAGCAAAGUAUUGGACAACUGGUGGUGUUUAGUGGAUGACAGCGUGUUCACCAGAAUGGUCGACAUGUACAAAAGCAUUGUUGUGUUCAUGCUCACGGGGGGCAAGACGCUCCUAGUGCCGGUGUUCUAUGAAAACUAUUUUCUCGCCACGCUAAGGUUGCUGGAGAAACUCCACAAGGUAAACCUGAAAGCCCACCAUGUGGAGUACAAUCGCUUUUAUAUCCCUGACAUCACCAGCCUGGUGGACAUUCAAGAAGACUACCUCAAAUGGUUUCUGAGUAAAGCUGAAAUUAAAACAGGAUCCUCUCCUUCACAGCAGAAUGAUUUUCCCUCAGUGAACCUAUGUGCCUAUCCAUUUAUACUGAACGCUCAAGCCAAGACAACCAUGCUGCAAACUGAUGCUGAACUGCAAAUGCAGAUGGCAGUAAGCGGUGCAAACUUACACAAUGUCUUAAUGCUGCUCACACUGGAACCCCACCUUGCUAGGAACCCUUACCUGGUGCUUCAUGUGCGCAGGAACCAUUUAGUGAGUGAUACUUUACGUGAGCUCACCAUGUACAAUGAUGUGGACCUCAAGAAACCACUCAAGGUGAUCUUUGAUGGAGAGGAAGCGGUAGAUGCAGGAGGAGUAACAAAAGAGUUUUUCCUCCUGCUGUUGAAAGAGCUGAUGGAUCCUAUCUAUGGAAUGUUCACCCAUUAUAAUGAUUCCAACCUACUAUGGUUCUCAGACAAAUGUUUUGUAGAACAGAACUGGUUUCACCUGAUUGGGAUCAUUUGUGGCUUGGCCAUCUAUAACUCCACAGUGGUGGAUCUCCAUUUCCCUCUGGCUCUCUAUAAGAAGCUGCUCGAUGUGCCCGCAACGCUGGACGACUUCAAAGAGCUCUCACCCACUGAGGCCAGGAGUCUACAACAACUUCUGGAUUAUGAAGGAGGUGAUGUUGAAGAAACAUUUCUUCUCAACUUUGCUAUCACCAGAGAGAACUAUGGGAUGACAGAGGUGAAGGAGCUGAUCCCUGGAGGAGAGAGCAUCAGUGUGGAUAAAAACAACAGGAAGGAGUUUGUGGAGGCCUAUCUGCGCUACGUGUUCUCUGACUCGGUGAGCGAGCAGUACUCAGCCUUCUCUGCUGGUUUCCUGAAGGUGUGUGGGGGAGAAAUCCUGUCACUGUUCCAACCGUCUGAGCUCAUGGCCAUGGUAGUCGGCAACAACAACUACAACUGGGAGGAGAUGGAGAAGAAUGCUGUUUACAAAGGGGAAUACACAGCCACUCAUCCAACAGUCAGAUUAUUCUGGGAGGUUUUCCACGAGUUCCCUUUGGAAAAGAAGAAGCAGUUCUUACUGUUCCUGACUGGCAGUGACCGAAUACCCAUCCACGGCAUGGAGAGCUUACGCAUCAUCAUCCAGUCCACCACAGCCGAGGACCACUACCUGCCAGUAGCUCACACCUGCUACAACCUGCUGGACAUGCCACGCUACCAGACCAAAGAGAUCCUGCGCCGCCGUCUCACUCAGGCUGUGGAGCAGUACGAGGGCUUCAGUCUGGUCUGAGGACCAGACUGAGACAUCUGCAGCCGCUUUGAUGCACUUUAACAGCAAUACAGCCCCAUGUCAGUGUUGAAACACUGCAAAGGGGAAAAUUAAGAUAUCACCCUGUAUUUAUGCUUAUAGAAUUGUUAAGCAUACUAAAUCUGAAAGGUCUAGCUAUGUUAAUGCAAAGUAUUUGUUGUUUUUAUUGUUUUGGGCAAAUCUUCUCAACCUUUAGGGACAAUUGGGAGAAAUUUCAAAAGCUCAUAGGUGGAUAUUUGUUUUAAAUACAUAGAUUUGUCACAAAUGAUCUAUGCCAUGUUAAAAUUUGCAGCUAAGGCUUAUGAUUUUAGGGCCUAAAAUUAAAAGCCAGAGAAGGUUGAGAGGUUCCGGCUUUGAGUGUAUGUUUGCUGUAUUUUUGUAUUUUUUUUCCAAGACACUGUAUUUUAUAUUUAACCUUCUAAAUUCUAUUUUUCACUUUUAGUGAAUUAUGUUAUUACGUUAAGACAGUAUAUCUUCUUUUUGUUUUUUUAAUUCAGUAAAUAGAAUGGUUAUUUUUUUGACAAAUGAAUAUAUAUAUAUAUAUAUAUAUAUAUAUAUAUAUAUAUAUGUGUGUGUGUGUGUGUGUAUAUGUAUAUAAUAUUUGCCCCUUAUUGUGGGAGGACUGCUAAUCCUUUUAAAUCUGGACAAUGACAUGCCCUGUUUGUUUAAAAACAGAUAGGUGAUGAUUAUCUGGCACGCAGGUGAGUGCAGGAUGGAACACCGUGAACUAUUUGCAAUCUUUCAGCUGUGGAUCACAGAGAAGCUGACUUUGUCUUAACCCUGCAUUCAACAGUGAUGCCUUCUACAGUAAAACCUACAAUGUGUGCACAGGAAAUGCUGUCUUUACAAAGUUCAUUUCUAUUUGUUCUUGUCUGUGUGCAUGUUGUUGGGUCAAAGCAAAAUCCUGAUUGUAAACAAAAAACACGAGAGAUUUUGGGAGGUUUUAGGGUUAUAUGAGAAGACACCAUGACUAAAGCUGAAUGUACUCAUGGCACACCUACAUUAAUAGUUACUGUGUAUUCUUCUAAUUUUAUUUUAUUUUGGUACAAAGACGGUAAGAAUUAAACAGCAUUUUAAACUAUUCCUUUACUCUCUACAUUGUAUCAUGUAAAAUAACAACCAUGCAUGUAUCUUCUGGACAAACCAAGCAUUGGGAAUGUUUCAGUGUAGGCUCUGGAAAGUGUGAUCGCAGUUGUGAUAUUGAUUAUUUGUGUGCAAACCAACCAAAUAAUCAUUUUUUCAGAAUAUAACCUUGUAGUAUUACUAUGAGUCACUCUACAACUACAAAACAUAUGCAUGAGUCAGUAUAACAUACAAGUGAUAAAACAGAACACAUUUAUGGUUGUGAAUAGUUCGGCUUUUAAUUGCCUACAUUCCCUGGUCGUUUACUCUCUUUAAUAAAGAUCUGAAUAUUUUCCCUACACUGUCAAUGGUCAGUGAGGAAUCACUUAUGCCUGUAACUUUCUGCUUGUUGCCAAGCAACCACUGAGGGCUGGAAGAUUGCAGUGUAGGUCUGCAUGGUUCUGUUUCUGAGUCUUCUCAUUUAACUCCACACUUUUAUAAUAACAAUUGUAUUUAUCCAAACUUUUAUAAUUAAAAAAUAGAGAUUCAGAGUAGAUAUUGUGAUGAGCUGUUUCUGAGUUGAAAACAACAAAAUUGUGGAGUACGUGGCGGGAAGUAAAAACUUUUUCAUAGUUACCUGAGGGCAGAUGGCCCGUUAUUGUUAAAUGUACUACAUUUAAAAUAUCUUUCAUAUCACUUGUUCUGUAAGCUUGCUGUAUUAAUCCCUGCUGUUAGGCCUGUUCAUCUAAAAUAACGCUGAAUUUGGGUUGAGCAAAUGUGUGAAACGGUCUUGCAUACAGUAUCUUUAAUAUACUUUUUUUCUGUAUUUCAUACUUGACAGUGGCUUAAAGUGAUUGCAAACAGUGAAAGGACUUGAUGUGUCCUAACAGAUCACACUGACACACUCAUAGCAAUAAGAAACGGCCCAGUGACACAAUGUCAAGCCUCUCCAUCUUAACUCUAUACUGCAUCUACAGUACUUACAUUCUAUGUUUUGUCAGCCUUUGUUAUAAUUCAGUCUGAACUGAUCUCCUCAACAUUCAGUCCUAUGCAAAGGUUUGUGUGGCCCUGGACUUAUUUGCACCUUGUAAUGUGACAUGGAAAAUGUGAUUUUUGCAUAUUUGUUUGAAAUCUACAAAAUACACUGAUGUUUUGAUUAAAAUGCAACAUAAAAGCAGA